AAACUAACAACAUCUUUAGCAUUUUUUUAUUUAAUCUGGCAGCCGUGAAUAUUUAAGAAUGCCGUUAUAACAAUAAAAAAAUAACAAAUCCUUACAGUUAAUUGUAUUUAUGCUUACAUAACCACUUAGUUCAAUUAAUGUAUAAUUUUUAGUAAAUACGCGGCGUGUUAACAUAAACAACAAUAACCACACGAAUAUUUGCUUCUUCUGAAAUUAUUAAAACUUAAAAGAAAAACCAUGUCUUUCUCAGAUUCGGAUGAUUCCGAUUCAAAUGCAAACCAACUAACACAAGAGGAAAUCGACGCAAAUAGGAAUCUGGUUGAUCCAAAUAUAAAAGUUGACUACAGAGAUAUUAUCGGUCGGCACCAAUAUGAUCGUCACCGUCGGAGUAUUUCCCGAUUUCCGGAUAUGACUGAAAUGCCGGAUCCGCAUCUCCCGACCAAUCCUAUAGUGUUCUUCGACAUUUUGAUUGGCAAUGAAUUCGCUGGCCGCAUGAUUUUCGAGUUGCGCAAAGAUAUCGUACCCAAGGCAGCGGAAAAUUUUCGUGCACUUUGCACUGGUGAAAGGGGCUUAGGUGUACUCGGCACGCCGUUGCAUUAUAAACGUACAUACAUCCAUAAAAUAAUUCGAACGUUCGGUUGUCAAGGUGGUGAUGUGGUCAAUAAUAAUGGCACUUGUGGCGAAAGCAUCUAUGGCACGACUUUUGAGAGUGAAAAUUUUACGCUGAAGCAUGAAGAAGGCACCCUUAGUCUGACAAAUUAUGGUAAACCAAACACAAAUAAUUCACAAUUCGUGAUUACCUCUAAUCCUUGUUACAACCUCGAUGGUUCAAAUGUGGCCUUCGGCCACGUUUUGCGUGGUUUAGGCAUCAUCUAUAAUGAUAUGGAGCGUGUAGCGGAUAUAGAUGAUACGCCGAAAGAGCAAAUAUAUAUUAUGGAUUCCGGUCAGUUAAUGCCCGGUGAGGAUUGGGGUUUUGAGGAUAAUGACGAAACCGAUGAUUAUUUGCCGCCACAGCCAAGAGAUUGGAAUGGAAAAUACAUAAUUUAUACCGCCGACGAAAUGGUUAACUUACUAACUGGCAUACGAUUGGCUGGUAAUCACUUUUUCGCGCGAGAUAAUCUUUACGAGGCGCGUCGGAAAUAUCGAAAGGCGUAUCGUUAUUGCAAUUUUCUACGUUCACGUGGUGAAUGGGAGGAAUAUCCACAGCUAAAAUUGAAAGAGGACGAUUUCAAGAAGCUAGAUGAGUUUAUGGUACUCAAUUAUACAAAUAUAGCAGCUGUUGAACUGAAACUGAAAAAUCACAACAUUGCGAGGGAUGCAUGCACAGAGGCUAUAUUUCUGAAAAAGGACUGCAGUAAAGCUUACUACCGCCGUGGGCAGGCACAUGUGGGUUUAAACGAUUUCGAUAGCGCGGUAAAGGACUUUGAUAUAGCUAGUCAGCUGAUGCCGGCGAGUAAACGCAUUAAAAAGGAAUUGAUUCAGUCAAAAAGAUUACAAAUUGCAUACAAUCGUGCAGAAGCGAAGAAAUACAGCAAGUUAUUUAGUUAAACGUCAAAAAUUUAAUGUCUUAAUGUGUUCGAGUUUUUUCUUUGCUAAAUUGGGUGUGAUAUUUUCUUAUAAAAAAACACUUUUGGAUAAAUUGAAAUAAGGUAAUGAUCGAAGGAAUAAGAUUUCAGAUUUGAUAAUAAUUUCAAAUUCUUAAGCAACUCUGAAGUGUACAUUUUUUCGCAACAAACAACUUUUCUUCGGGAAGCCGCCCUUUUGUCUGUCUUCAUCUGUUAUGCCCAUUUUUUAUAGAUAGUUUAAGCAGAAAAAACCUCCUCACCGGGAAUUCAAAAUUUUUCAAAACGAAUCGGCAAUUAUUAAAGUAAAUUAAAUUCUGUAAUUAAA